AUGCCAACCUUGACAUUCUCAAACAUUUCCGUGAACCGAAGAGCAGCGGAAGAAUGGGUGAGGAACAAUGUCCUACCUUACCUUCCCAAAACCAAGAUUCGCUACCUCCUCGUCGACAAUGAGGUGCUAAGAUCCUACUCGGAACAAGGCCGGCAAAUGUGGCGCGAUCUUGUGCCAGCAAUGCAAAUGAUCAAGAGAUCCCUCAAGGCUCUAAACAUCUCAACCUUCCCACCAUCAAGAGGGAUGUUCCGAUAUGAGAUAAGAGACAAUGUGAUCAUACCAAUGCUUAACUUCUUAAACAGAACCAAGUCAUUUUUAUUCAUCGAUGUGUAUCCAUAUUUUCCAUGGUCACAAAACCCUUAUAACAUUAGCCUUGAUUUUGCUCUAUUCAGAGGAGGCUUAAGCAUAAGAGAUCCUGGCAGUGCCUUAGUCUACACCAAUUUGUUAGACCCAAUGCUAGAUUCUCUCGUAUUUGCUAAGUCCAAACUCGGCUUCUCCAAUAUUCUGCUCGCCAUAUCCGAAACAGGAUUGACAUUAUAA